CAUAUCCUAUGACCCACUGGUGAGAACACACAAGGGGAUCAACCUCCAGUCCACUGGUAUCUCCCUCGUGACAAUCGGACACACCCGUACAACCGCAGCCAGCACAUAAAUACCCCUUCACUCCCUCUCCCCUCCACCCAACACUACUUCCCUCCUAUACAUCAUGGUCGCUGUCCUCCCUCCAUCGAUUGUUCUCGUCACUGGGGCAAGUGGGUUUAUCGCUGCUCACCUGUGUAAGCUCCUCCUAGAGAAGGGGUAUAAGGUCAGAGGCACAGUCCGCUCAGAAGAAAAAGGUCAAUACCUCCACUCCCUCCUCUCCUCUCCAAACUUCACAUACCUCAUCGUACCCGACAUCGAAGCAGCAGGAGCGUUCGACCAAGCCGUCCAAGGCGUAGACGCAGUCCAGCAUACCGCCUCCCCGUUUCAUGGCAGAGCUGUUGAUCCCCAGGAACUUAUCGGUCCGGCGGUACAGGGGACGAAAGGCUUAUUGGAGAGUGUGCAGAAGUUCAACCCAGCAAUAAAGCGCAUAGUGAUCACCUCCUCCGUAGCCUCCAUCCUAGUCCCCUGCAAGCCAGGGACAACGUUCACCGAACAAGACUGGAACACCUAUUCCCCGGGGUGCGUGGCGCGCGAAGGCAUAAACGCGCCCAACAUGGAAAAGUACAGAGCGAGCAAGGUGCUUGCCGAGCGCGCGGCGUGGGAGUUCGUACAGAAGGAAAACCCGGGGUGGGAUUUGGUCACUGUUUGCCCGCCUAUGGUCUUCGGACCGAUCAUACAUCAAGUCAAUAGGGUAGAAUCGAUCAACACCUCCAUCGCCGCCCUGCACUCUGCCUUCACUCCCAGCGGGGCCAAGACCGGCGCCGCCGCGGGCUCCUCAGCUGGAUCCUGGGUAGACGUGCGGGACGUCGCGCAAGUACACCUCGAGGCGCUGGCGCAGGAGAAAGCAGGCGGGCAGAGGUACAUCGCCUCCGGGGGACCGUUUUCCUGGCAGAUGGUGUACGAUUCCGCACAGUCUGUUAACGUUCCUGAUGGGGGGGGGCUGGAUCUGGAAGCACUGAAUAAGGGCACUCCGGGUAGUGAUAGGGAGACGAAGUAUAACGUGUUUUCGAGUGAGAAGGCCCAGCGGGAACUGGGGGUGAGCUUUAGACCUCUGGGGGAGUGUGUGAGGGAUACGCUUGUUAGUCUUAAGGGGUAUGGGUUUCAUUGAGUAGAGUACUAGUGCGUCUCUUAUAGGGGAUGAGAGAAUUAA